AUGAACUCUUUUCAAGAAAAGAGGUACGUGUUUCUGGCUGGAGAGCCAGGGGCCGGUGAAAGCAGUUUCCGGAGGUUUCGAGGACCACCUGCUCGCGAAAGCCUUAGAUGCUCCUCACAGGGUUACAUUUCGAUUGUUGAGUGCGACGCGGAUGGAAAAUACCUCCUGUUGUUGAAUAAUCACCGAUCAAGAGAUCAGAAUAUGGAUCGAUGGAAGGUUGUGCGACGCGUUAAUGGCACAAACGAGACAACGUAUGAGCUGCCGAUGGAUUUUCAGUUAAAAGCUGGUCAGUCAGUGAAGAUUUGGGCUGGAAGGCCAGCGGUCAAAGCGGAUAACGAUUUAGUUUUCGAAGAAAUCACAAGUUGGGGAGUUGGCAGAAAUGAAGUCACUACUUUGUACAACAAAAAUGACCAAGAAAAAGCAACGCUUGUGAAAAAUGAGAAGAAAUAA